AUUAAAUGAGUUUAUUUAAAUCAAGAGGGAAUUCCUUUGAAAAGGUUCCCAAAACACCAAAAAAAUCCAAAAUUGAAUAUUUUUUUCGCUUUUUUUUGUUUAUUUUAUUAUUCUUUUUCUUUCUCAAGAAAGUCGCUUUGGUUAACAAAUCUCGCUUAAAGUUACAGGACAAUUUUCGUGUUUAUGAGUCUAAAUUAUCUACAAGCCGUAUAAAGGCUAAACCUUUUGACCCAGAUUUAUACUCAGCAAGGAUCGACUUUGCCUCUGAAGAGUUUGGCACCAAGAUUAUCGCACAUUCUAAAGGUUUGUCAAAGGUAUCAAGGAUUUUAGAAGAUGAUUCUGGCUCAUAUAUGCUUACACCUUGCAAUACCUCAGACUGGUUUGUUCUGUCAUUCCCUGAGAGUAUUUUGAUCCAGGAAAUAUCAUUUUUGUCUUUCGAGUACUAUUCUUCGUCCUACAAGAACAUUAGAAUUUCUAUAACCGGCACAUAUCCCAGUGGGAAAUGGCUUACCCUGGGUGAGCUUGAAACUGACCCUUCAAGAAAUGAGAUUUUUGACCUUUCUGUUGUAUGUAACACUGAUAAAAAUGACUGUUGGGGUAAAUACUUAAAAGUCGAACUUUUAGAUUACCAUAGGCUUGAGUUGAACUACUAUUGCUCAAUAACGAAGAUGAUGGUCUAUGGGAUCACGGCGGUAGAGUAUUUGGAAACUGAAAUUUCUGACGACAGUUCCCUUUACAAUUCAUUUGCGCAACCAAAUGUUACUGGAUAUCCAUCAAUAACAUAUGAAACCACUGGUAAUACUUGUGAUGAUAUGGUUGGUUCUGUUGUGAAUAAACAAUUGGACACCGCAGUUGAUACUGAUACCGCAGCGGAUAGUGUUAUGGUUACUACUAAAAAGGAGAAAGAAGCAGAGAGAGAAGUGUGCGAAAUAGGUCCAUUGCAUGAAUCUCCAAUGAAGAAAUUGUCAGACUUAAAGUGUUUUGCAAAGACUUCAGAAGUACUAAACCCAACCUUUGUGUAUGAUAUAAAGAACGUUAUUUUGAACUCAUUUUACAAGUUUCUAAUGAGACUGGCACUGAGGAAAGAUAAAAAUUUGCAUAAUAAAAAGUUAAUUCACAGAGUCUUGAAGAUUGGAAAGUUUAAAAGGUACUGUGGUACAAAUUUGCUUUUCCAAUUUGACUGUAACAGGUUCAUCACUAACCUACUUUUGGACAAGUAUUCUGUCUAUUACGCUAACAUUUUAGAUCAGGUGAGACUUCCCUCAAGACAUCUCUGGUUUGAAAGUGUUAUUUUUUACUUUUUCAAGAAUAAAAGGCAUGUUAUAGGUGGGAUAAUGAACGAUGUGGGAAUUAAGGAGGUACCAAUUCUAGUAUGUACAGAGUCUAUGGGCCUAAUUUCUAAAUUCAAAUGUUAUUUUUACUUCAAUCUGAAGUCAUUUUCUACUCUUCUUUUCACUCAAUUUACUGAGGGUUAUAGGAUUCAUGGGUUCAAACCCAGAACUGGUUCACUAAGCCACAAUUUGAGGGAUAAAUUAUAUUUGUUUUAUGUUGACAAUAGAAUUAAUAUAAUGUCAGUCCCUAAAUUUAAAGGAUUAACAAUUGAUGAUGAAAGUUUAGUUAGAAGAUACGACUAUAAGGUUAAGGAUAAGUAUAUAUCAACCGUGACUGUGAUCGAUAAUAAGUUGUAUAUUAAUGUGUCCUCAAGUUACUCAACUUAUUUCCCCUUUGAUGUAGAUUCAUCAAAUCAAAAACUUGAUAAGGAACUAAUUAAGUCAAACACUUCUUUGUAUAGAUUUGAUUUUUUGUCAAAGAUUACCAGGUAUAAAGAUAACCUAAACAGGCUAAACAAGUCAAAGAGGUAUGGUAAAAAGGCACAAUUUGACGAAAAGGAAAAGUUUAAACAUCGUAACUUUUAUCAACAAGAUGAAAACACAAAGUCGACUGAUUCCAAAACACAUAAACACGUGCUUUUAAAAUUGUCUGAACGUAUUAAAUCUCUCGAAUUCCUAACCAAUAAACUUUCCAAUAAAAUUUAUCAAGUUGAAAAUCUACUCAACUUCUACAUCAAACGACAAUUAUAUUCCAAUCAACAGGGAGAAUUGGAGCGUGAAUUGAAUUACGAGUUUGAAGUGAUAUUGAAGGUAUUGGAUAUAAGGAGAUAUAAAUUAGUUGUAAGAGAUGUUAAGAGUUUUAAGAAUUCAUUAAGAAAAGGUGAAUAUUACUAUAAAAGGAUAAAACGAUAUAAUUGUUAUGAAACGGGUUAUUUGUACAUUAAAAAUAGAGAUCUUUUACGAUUGAAAAAAAAUCUGUGUAAAUUAACAAAUUGUACUUCUGACAGGAAGUCAUUUAAAAGAUACUUGUUCCUAUGUAAAUUAAGUAAAUUUUAUAAACUCUUUAAUAAGCCAAAACUUACAAAAUCCAUUGCAAAUUAUGGUUGUAUGUGUACUCAGCCGCUUGGUCAUUCUUUCAAUAACAUAUCAAUGGACCAAGGUGACGACUGGUUAUAUAUGGACAAUUAUGACAAGUAUAGCGAUUUUUUAUUGAUUUUGAAUAAUUUUAUUUCCCUUUUUAGGGAUAAAUUUUCUGGUUAUUUUAAUUUCUAUUUCCUGUUUCUACUGUACAUUUGCACACAAAUCUUUUGGAUCUGUAAAUUCAAUUCACACGAUAAAAAAAUCAAAAAAUUACUCAAUUUAAAAAAAUCUUAAUCUAACUUAUUAAUAUAAUAUAUAUUUA